ACAGAUGUGCAGUGGGUGUGGCUGAUGAACCCGUUGACAGCGGUAAUACUAGUAGUGGCAAGAUCUUCUCUACAAGCCUCACGCGCAGCCGCGUCCCAAGUUGUCCAACAACUCAGAUUGAUUUUGUCUUCUGCUGCUGCCGAUCUGGCCACUGCAAUUCACUGUAUCCUGACUUGCCAUUUAUCGCCGAUAACGUCGACAUCUUCUGCCUUUUCUCUCUGUCAUUGUGCUGGUUUCGAGUCCCGUCUCUGUCAAACAAUGCCGCUCUUGUCAUCCUCCGAUAUCGAACUUCGAAGGGAUUGUUAGCGUUAUCGCAAGGAAGCAUCUGAGGCCCCAACCUGAUAGAAAACGUCCCUUAUCGCUGGUCGCUUGAUCCGACGUCCAGACCCUGCUCAGCCUGAACCUAUCAACCUGAAAAUUUUCUGCCUCAUCUAGCCGAUGAUCAGCGGCUGCAACGUCUGGUUCUACUACGACUCUUCUUGAGAUCUUCUGUCUUGAAGCGAGACCUGGUCGUAUGUCGACUGGAAAUGAUCCAUCCCAACAGAGGCCGUCCAACAUUCAUCCCGAUAGAGAGGCCCGAAGGUUAUCCCUGUGGCAUAUACCAGUGUUGGCCCAGAAUUCUCGAAAUAUAGACAAUGCUUCUCAAUUUGAUCGAAACCCCGAGAAAUUGCCCCAGGACGAAUCCCCAGUGGAUUUAAGCAGCGUCCUGUAUGAAGGACGUUUGCUCGGCGACUCACCCGAGGAAGCACGUUCAUGGCUUCUCAGUUUCGGGAAUUUCAAGUCUGGAACGGAUGUAUCACUUAGAUUGCUCGACAUCCAUAAAGAUGAUCAGGGCCGUCCGCUUCCUGAGUCUUUAUUGUCUCUGCUGAUCCAGUGGGUCCCUCUCUGGUCCAAGCGAGCAGACAAGGCAAGGAAGGAAACCAAAAACUCAAGGUCUGGGGUUGCUGUCAAGGAACAGAAGCACUUGCACUGGUUACUCGAGUACGUCUCCGAUUAUCUCGAGUCGAGUAAUGUGGGCUUCGAUCCGCUCGAGCUGUCUCGUACAGUAGCCUGCGUCACAACCCUAUGUCUGAAUGCGAGCCGAGAAGAAGACAUCGACGCUGGUGUCAACGUCCUUUACACAAUCUUGACGCAUUUUGAUUAUCCAAGGGAAGGACUUGACGAAACACUUGUGGUGUUAUGCGCCUCCGCCGCCAACUUAUCCAAGCUUCCAAAGCACCUAUUCGAUUGCUCACGGAUUCUCGCCUCUGGAUAUUUACAUAAAGAGGCCAUGGAAGCACUCUAUUCUUUCUUGCAAACACCCACCCACGAGAAUGGCAGCAAAAAUCUGUCACAUGCCAGAGGUGCUACUCACCAUCUCCGAGCUCUUGUUGAUGAGCGGCGUGACGACGGCGAGUUUAUUCUGGAUUUGACAGAGUUUCUUACCCAGCUACAUUCCGCCGCCGGGCACGGGGUAUUCCGCCUAUGCUAUGACAUUCUCAGCCUUUUGCACGCUGCCAUUUCCAGUGAGCAGCGCAGGCCCGAGGUGUCUGCGCUCGAUUUCAGCAUCAUUAUCAACAUCAUCCGUCUUUGCCUGGAAAUGACACCAUCAGGCUAUCCCGCCGCCAAUACCGCCAAGACCUCUCUGUCCCCGACUCCAAGUCCGGAAGAGGAGCUGCAACGCCAUUACGAGAAACGUCUGCGAGACAGAGAGACGAUGGUCAGGAAGCUGGGUGAAGAUAUCUGGCAGGUUUGGGAUGAGCUCCCUGCCGGAAGUCGGGACUCUGUCCAUGAAUUCUUCCUGGACUUCCCCCAGUAUGCAGACUCUGAUUUAUUGUCGCUCACACUGGAUUACGCGAAGCACAAGUACCUAACUCCACAGGACAGCAGCGUUGCUGAUUGUCAUGCUGCGGAAAUCUUCGUGCGGAUACUACAAGACGAGUCCCUGUCGGCGGGGAGUCGUAGUAAGGCUAUUGAGAUGCUCGUUCAGCUGAAGGACCAACCUUUUGCACCAGCGUCAACAACCGGCCCACAAAUUAACGGUAGCUACGUCUGGAUAUUUGGGAAACUUUUGGACCAAAUCGAGAUUGAGCGGAAUCCUAAGGUGCUCAACGCUCUGCUCAACUUUAUCCAAACCCUGCUAUCCGACUAUUGGGAGGCUGCAAAACACGAGGAACUGGUUAUACGCACAAUCGAGGAAACUCGUCGGCUGAUUCUCGCCGGCCACGGAGCAUCUCCCUGUAACGAAGACGUCGCUGUAACCGGUACCAAGGUUUUGGCGAAUCUGUUCAGCUACAGCAUUCAUACUAGCACCAAACCCGCUAUCAGGGCAUUCGAAGUAUUGCUCGAAAUUGCAAGCUCCCAGUGUAGGUUCCGUCCGGCUAGGUUGGUCGCAAAGCGGCUCCUUUUCCGCAUCAGAGCAGAUGAUGGUGGCUUUAUCUACAUUGUUCAGACGAGUGAGAGCCAACAGAUUGCAAGUGCUCUCUUACGCACCCGGGAAUCUGUUGAGAUCUUCAAUACCGACAUACCUUCUAUGCAGCGACAUUCAGCGAGCAGCACAAGUCUUUCAACAAAGUCGGACAUUGCUGAUCCAUUGUGGAUGUACCCAGACACUGAGGAUGCGGUCUUCCCCCUUGCCGGGCAGCCCUCAACGAUCCUCAAUGUUGACGAAUCUUCGGCUCCGCAGGCGGUGGCUGAGCUCGACAUGGACACCUGGCUCAUGAGUAUCAUACGAUGUCUGCAAGCCGACACUGAUUGGGAGACUUACAGUUAUACCGUGGUUCACGCGGCGGCACAAAUCAACAAUAUCUCCUUGUUCCUGAAUUCCAUGGAAGCCGUUGUGAAGCUGCGUCAAAUCCUUUGCGAUCAGAUUGUCAACAACUCGUUUCGAGAAGCUCCUGCCCACACUGGACUCAAGCGUUCAGAUGUUGCGAUUUGCAUGUUCAACUUUCUCAUUGGCUUCAUUCCCUACGCCACCAUCAAGACCGAAGCGGUCCAAAAGGGUUUUGGGGAUGACCUAGUCAGAGCACUACUGGUUGGGAUUGGCGGAUUAUGGGAGGGUACAUCUCGUCCCUGUAUUCACGCAUUGUCCGUUUGCAGCCUUGAGAUACCAGCAUCUGUUGCCACAUUGUACCCUACCAUCAUUGACAAAAUGUCGAAGAACAUGACCCAAACUCACCUGACCGCCCACAUCCUGGAGUUUUUGAUUCAGGUGUCACUUUUGCCGGAGAUGCAUUCAAAUCUCAACCCGGACGAGAUCCAGAUGAUAUUCGGAAUGUGUAUACAGUUUCUCGAAAAGACGCGAGAACAACAACACGCAUCCCUUUCUUCGCCACCUGGGAGGAUACAUCCAGUCUCGCGGCAUAGUGGGCUGAAUUUCCGACGACCGCCAUAUCGAGCAUCCAUGCUUACAGACAUUGGGCUCCCUCAGUACUCUGCUUGUCAGGCCUACCACAAUAUGAUCUUCUGGUUUCUUUCACUUCGUCUUGAAAUCAGGGCAAAGUAUGUUCCAUGGAUCGUACCUAGACUGGUUUGGAAGAACGUCCGCGGAGAAGAGACGAUCGACGAACAGAGUGAAGUGCUUAUCGAUAUGAUGCAACGAUCUGCAUUCUCGGACCUUGGAGAGACAUCUCCAGAUCCGAACUUUGCCGGGCCUGAAGAUGGCCCCGUGAAUUCGGCUUCGUGGAUUGUAGGCCUCAGUGUCAUCACUGCCGAGACUGCAGGCCAUUCAGGGAAGACUCAGAUCAUCAAACGGCAGGCGUCUGGUACGACUUAUGCGCGAUACCAGCAGAUGACAGCGCCGCUGCCCUCCCAUCAUGCACCGAGCCAUACGGAGAUACGCCAUGAAGAAACAACGACGAUCGAAGUGCUGCCCCCACACAUUCUGCUCCAGAUGGUGGCCAGUGCAGCUCCAACGGGUGUCGCUGAACAACCACUACUGUUGCCAAAGGAGGACUAUGUGACCAGGGCAUUAGAGAGCAUUGAUCGAAUACCAACCGUUUCCAGCCACAAAAUCGGUGUGCUCUAUAUCGGCGAGGGACAGUCCGAUGAGUCUGAUUACCUCGCUAACACUGAAGGUUCCCGCGAUUUUGAGCGGCUCUUGGACGGCCUUGGCUAUGCAGUAUCGUUGAAACCACCGAUACAGUUCAAUCCGCAAGGGUUGGAGUAUCCUCGAGAUGGGGAAAAGACGAUCGCCUGGCGAGACCGGGUGUCGGAGAUUGUCUAUCUUGUUCCAACAAUGAUGCCCACAGAUCAAGAGGAUGAUCCUCAGUGUAUAAUGAAGAAGGCCCACGUUGGGAACUGCCAUGUGAACAUCAUCUUCAACAGGUCAGGGAAAGUGUGGACAAUGGACAAUUUCAAGUCUCAACUGAACUACGUCAAUAUUGUCAUCACACCAGCCGGACAGAAAAGGACGACGCCAGAUCCUGAUUAUAUGCCGGGCUUCUAUACGGUUCAGGUCGUCACACGGGACGACCUGCCUAAUAUAUCCCCGGCUGCAGACCCCAAAACGAUCUCGGCCGCUCAACUGGCUGCUUUUGUUCGGGUGUUGGCAUUGAAUACGGACAUGUUCUGUCAGACCUGGAACACCAAGGAUAACGAUACGGAGUUCCCCAGCACAUGGCGGGCCCGGCUGCAGCAGAUAAAGAGGUUGAAGGAGCGGGUGGCAACCAGGUCUAUGGACAGGCGGCCUUCAAGUCUUCCCUUUCUCUCUGGUGCUAGUUCGGCGCCGGGUGCAGGGGGUGGCAGGAGGACUCCCGCGUCCCGAGAGGAAGAAGUUGGUCCUCGAAAGGACGGAGCUUUAGCGAUGCAGCUGGACUUUAGUUCAUGGACUGUUCAAAGGGAAACAUGAGGUCUGGUCAUGCAGGAUCACUUGCGCCAGAAAUGGAAAACGGAAAAUGGAUAGCAUGGAGCUGAGUACGGGGAGGGUAAAAGCAGUCUUUUUCUGGGUCGGUUGUAUCUUGCAAAAGUCGGUUAAUCAAUAAUACCAUGCUCAUCAGUCUCUAAACCCUGACACCGCACUGAUGAGUCUUGAAGUACAA